UUGAGUUAUUCACUAGUUCAGGUAACUUUUUCAUAAAACAAAAAUAAUUUUUAGAUGAAAUAUUACUUCAAGUUAAGGAUAGGUUAGGGGUUAGGUCAUUUAAUAUAGUUAAUCAUGUAUAAUUUAGAUAAUUUUCUUUGUAUGUUUGAGUUUACAUUUUUCAUCUCAAAUCUUACAUUGAUUAAUUAUCAAAAAAUUUUCAUGUUUUUCUAUACAAUAUUAUUCGAUUCAACUCCAACCCAUAAACAUAGAAAAAUAUUUUUAAAACUAGAAUCAAAAUUCGUUAGAAUAAGUCACCACCUCAAAAUCUUAUCCACUACAACCUUAAAAAUCAUCUCGAACAAAAUUCCCAUGACUAAUAGUUUCAAGUGAUCAUAUGAAAACUUCAAAAAAAAGUUGAUCGUUGCCAUCUUUGCCAAAUGAUCUCAAUAUUUGUUCUAGUGUGGGUACUGUACUCGCGUCCGGAUCUUCCCUAUCAUUACACACCGCGCGUAGCCUUUGAUUUUCGUUUUAUUGCACUUUUUUAUUUUUAACUUUUAACAUACGUCUAUUUAUUUCAGUUUCGACUGUGCAGGUGUUGUUCUAGCUGCGCGUGAGGUGUCCUACUCUCUCUAAAGGGUCCUUUUUCUUAAGUAAUUAUCAUAAGUUAACAAUAAGGUUAAGUAAGAUUAGAGAAAAACAAAAAAAGUCAAAAUAUACGUUGCUCACAAAAUAAAUGCUCAUUUUUCAGCGUCAUAUUGCUACUAUGUCCGACGAGGAAGAACAAUAGUAGGUUAUGCGUUCGAGUUUUAAUUCAUCUUCUCCGUAUUCUUCCUCAAAUUUCAACUCCACCUCCAAUUUAUCUAGCUCUUUAUCAUACAGUAGUUCAUCAUCUCAAUUAGGUUCGGCCGGAAAUUAUCGACGUUCGUCAAUCACUUCAUCUGGUCUUGGAUCACGUUCAGAUUUUUCCUCUGUUCAAUUUCGAGAAAAUCCGUUCCAACGUGAUUCCAGUGCCAGAGAGUCAUUACCAGCUCGAUUAUUUCCGACCAGAUCAAGUAGUAUUACUGGUAGGGUACCUGAUUUAGGUCCAAGUAGUAGCAGUAGGGUAACACGUGAUGAAGAGACACUAGGUCUUCUUGGUCGUUAUGGUAGUGGGGCACGUAAGGUAUCAGUAGGAAGUGACUUCCUCAAGCAACGCAGACAACAACAAAAUGCGCAGUUUGAGGCCGAACUUGGUGGUGCCCCAUCUUCUUCCGCAUCAAUUCGAAAAACUUCUAUAAUUGAUGAAAAUCGUUAUGGGCUUGGUGGAAGUGGUCCAUCUACAUCAGCAUCAACUUCAAAUCGCAAUACUUUACCAGAUGCACAAGAUGUUUCACAAAAUGAGUAUAUGCAGAGAUUGCUUGCUGCGCAUAAUCGAGUUGAUGAUUUGUUGAGAUCUCGUGGAUUGAAUAGUGAUGAUGAAAGAAAAUAUUUGAGAGCAUGGGAAGAGAUUCCAAUUAUCCGAGAAGAAAGAUAUCGUCGUGUUCGAACACCAAGUAGUUCUAGUGAUUCUGGAUUAUCAACUGAUAAUGAUAGCGAUCGAAGUAAUGCAGAAGCAGUUCCACCGGCACCACCUGUCAUUCCAGAAGUGGAAACAUCUGAAACAUACCAUUUUGAACAAGAAGAAGAAGAUAUUCAAGUGGUUCACAUUUAUCGUUAUCCCAAAAAAUUAUUUAUCGCAGUGUCAUAUACUGAACAGUUGAAAACUAUUGAUGUCAAAUUGAAUGGUAGUGCAAAACCAGAAAGUGCAUCAAAAUCAUAUUUAUCUCCUUGCCAACCUGACCAAUGUACAUUUUCGGUGACCAAGUCGAAAGAAUUGAAUGCUUUCAAAAAAUCAAAAAAUGAUAUUGAUAUUCAUAAUACUCGUGCGACUUUUCCAUCAAAAAUUCGUGAAGUUGUCUCGAUUACACUUCCCGCUGCUCCAACUCCAAAAAUUUUGGAACAAGCUAAGAAAAUCUUGCGAAAAGUUUCGUUGAAUGAGAAGCCAAAAAAUGAAAACACUAAUUGCUCAAAAGUUUUGCGCCCACCAAAAGAACAAAAAGAAACAAUCGAGAAGAGUUUACCAGAUAAAUCUACUCAACCUCUUCGUGUUCGAGCAAGUUUCAGUGCCGGUGAUAAUGAUAGAUUUAAGAAACCAGUGCUUCCAAAGCGCAGAAAAACUUAUGACGAAGAUGUCAAAGUUCAACAGAAAAAUGUGCUUGCAAGUUUAAGAAGGAAGAAGCAAACCGUCAUUCCGAGUGCCGCUGAAAUAUCAAUCCAACAUUGCAGUUUCUAUACUCUGCACGCCAAAGAUGCAUUUGCUGAGAAAAAUGUUCGAUUGAAUUUGAGGAUGACUGAGAGAGCUCCAAAGAAAUGCUCAGCGAUUAUUUCACUUCCAGCUCCACCAAGAGUUGCAUAUGUUUCUUUGGAUAUCACAGCAUUUAUGAUGAGACCUCCACCUAGAAGAACUAAAACACAAGAACUUCCGAAACCCAAAAUUGGAAGACUCAAUCGAGCAUUCACAGUUGAACUUGAAAAAGAAGAAAAGGAACUUCGAAAAGUCAAUCGCCUCAAGAUUCCUGAAUAUUUCUUACAAAGUUCAGCAGAAGCAAUGGAAGACUUCAAAAAUGUUAAGAACGGUUUGAAACGUGUUCCAAUUAUUGGAGGAUUUUUGAUUCAACCAAAACCAAAAGUCAUUCCACAACCACAAUCAAGUUUGCGUCGAGCGGGUGCGAUUCGUCGAAGACCAACACCAAUCAAAGAAGAAUUUUCGGCACCGUAUUCAGAUUUUUGUCCAUCAUCACCAACGGGUAGUCCAAUUCCACAAAUUCGGAUUGUUCGACCGCCAGAUCCAGAUCCUCCACCGAUAGUUCGACAACGUCGACCACCCCCAUCAAAAACAUCAGCAAGUCAUUUAAACUUGCAUGGCUCCCUAGCGCAAUCCGCGAAGCCUAGAGGAGCCUUUAAAAACUACGAGUCAAAACAUCAAAAUUUCGCGGAAUUGUCAGAAACAGAUAAACUAUUGAUUGAAAGAUUAAAUUCCGAAAAACACAUUCCUCGUCCACGCGCAAUCAUCCGCGCCUUAUCUCCAUUCCAUGCAAUUCGAGCUCUCAAAGCACAAUUUUCUUCGAAUCGAUGUUCGAGCCCUGAACCACAAGUUCGAUUCAUACAAAGAUCUACUCCUCGAAUGCGAUCUCCAACACCUUCUAGAGAAAUCAGACCAAUUAAAUUGAAUCAUCAAAUAAUUAAAAAGAAAGCGCAACCAAGACGACAUUGGUUAGAUUUCCAAGUUGAUUUGAAACGUGUUGAUUUUGAAAAACAUCGAAAUCGAAUGAAACCGUGUCGUCGACUUAUUCGUUGGAUUCCAAAAUGGCGCAGAAAGGGGUUUGUUAUAGCUAUACCCAUAGUUUCCCCCAAAAUCAAACAUUUUCCCUAUUUUUUGUUAAUUUUGAGAAAAAAUUGUGUUUUUUUUUCAGUUCUGAUGAAGAGGUCGAGGAAAUAGAAGAGGAGCAAGAAGAAGAAGAGCAAGUUGAGGUCGAAACUUCAUAUGAAAGAUCGGAAGAGAGAACCAAAACUAAAUCAUUCACCGAAAACGAAGAUGGAAGUCUUACUGAGGGAGAACGCGCUAUGGCGGUGAGUAUACUUGUUAAAUGUCAACAUUUUUCAAAACACAAUUCAAUUUCAGGCCGCAAAACGUCGUGCUGAAGAAGAUCAACAGGCCAAGCUUAUGGAUUAUGAGGAACGUCGUCGAAACGAACGAGAAAAAGAGGAGGAGGAGUUGAAAAAAUUGAAGGAGAAGCAAGAACGUCGUAAGCUUGAACGUGAACAAGAAGAACGUGAGAUGGAAGAACGUCGCAAAGCCGCUGAAGAUCGUCGUCGUCAAGAAGAGGUUUGUAAUGGAUUUCAAUUCGGAGUAUUUUUGUUUUGAAAAUUGAUCUUCAGUAACGUUAAUAUAUAGUUUUCACAAAGUUCAGACAAUCAUUUUGCAGAGACAAAUCCCUACUUUAUCAGAUAAAAUGUUUUCUAGUCUCAUUUAUAUUUAAAAUGAUAUCAAUCAAAUUAUUUCUUUAGUUUUAAUCCCCGUAAACAUUCCACGCAAUAUUUCAAAUUUUGAAAAUGCCACGAAACCUCAUGUUUUUCUGACGAGUGCACUUUUUUUUAGUUUGAUCACAAACUAGAAUGAAUAUAUUACUAAACUCGUGGUUUUUGUGUGAAUCACGGAAACAAAACAUGAGUGUACUUUGCUGAUUAGACUACAUAUUUUUGAAAUGCGUUUGAGAAGGAUUUCUUGUUAUUACUUCCUGGAUUAACAUUUUGCCUAUAAAAAUUGUAUAGAUAUUAGAGUGCAGAGUUCAAAAUAAACUGGACAGUUCUGAAACAAAAAUCAAAUAUUACAUAAAAAAUAGUUUUCAAAUUUCAGUGUGUUUCAGUAAAAAAUUUAAAUUUUUUUAGGAAGAGCGCAAAGCAAAAGUCGAAGAAGAGAAGCGUAAAAAAGAAGAAGAAAAGAACAAACGAAACCAAUUGAUGGGAGGAGGUUUCAAUCCAGCCGGUGGCACCGGAAGGUAACAAAAACCCUUUCGAAAUUGUUUUUCAUUGAAACCUCUGCAAAAUUAUUUUAGAAACUUCACCAUUCCGAAAAAAGGAACUUCGAACGACAAAUUUGGUAAUAUUGUACAAGCCAAGCAAGAAAUGGGUAUGACCAAAGAUCAACAAGACGAAGCGAAACGAGUACGUUUACUUACUUUUUUAAAUUAUUUAAAAUUAGAAAUCAUCCUAAUAUUCAUAUCCCACUCCUUCAUUUAACUUUCAAAACAUUUAGCGCCGCUCUAUUUCCAAGCCAGGUUUGUUCAAAGUGUUAAUUUUUCAGUUACUUACAUUUUGAUUUAUUUUCUUAAGUUUAUAAUGCUUCAUCUAACAAGCUUAAUUUUUUCUUUGGAAAAAUAGUAAGAAAAUUUUCAAACUUUCAGGCGUUCAUGGCAAGCAUUCGGAAAGGAAUUCUGGAAGCCUCGGAAAUUCCAGCAUCCGAGCUCAAAGCCAAGAUCAAAGAGUUGCAUCAAAAAAUUUGCAAACUCGAGGCGGACAAGUACGAUCUCGAAAAACGUCACGAGAGACAGGAAUACGAUGUGAGUUUCAUACAGUAUGUCUGAAAAAAUCGCAAACUGAAACUAUUUAUAGCUGAAAGAGUUGAACGAACGUCAACGUCAAGUGACUCGAAACGCUGCUCUCAAAAAAGGAAUUGAUCCAGCUGAAGUUGGCAACUCGAGAUAUCCAGUAAGACAACAUUAUAAGAUCAAGAUCUCACACAAAAUAAUCUAGAACGAAUAAUAUGUUUUUGAAGCCCAAAAACCCUUGUCAUAUAUAUCAAUAACAUUUUUUCAGCCAAAAAUCCCAAUGAUUUCUAAAUUCGAAAGAAAAGACGAUCUUUCUUUCAACGAACGCAAACAAUAUUUUAACGAAGUAUGUUUUUUUUUCAGCCAAAAGUUCAAAUUGUGUCCAAAUAUGAUCGUCAAAUUGAUCGUCGUAACUUCCGUGAACGUCGUUCUGUCUUUGAUAAAGUUUGUGUUUUUCUUGUCCUGCCUUGUUUUGUCUUAAAUGUUUAUCUGUGUGUGUUUUUAGAGAAAUGCUCAUCCAUGCUUCCCAGGUGUUCCACCACCACCAGCACUUUAUGAAAAAUUGAUAGCUGCAGUUGAGGUACUUUCUUAAAUUCCUGUUUGAUUUAUGUGUUUUGUGUUUUAGGAAGAGGUUGUGGCAGAUGAAGAGGACGAGGAAUAG